CUAGUGGGCGGGGCCUCGGGUGACCCCGAAGCUGAACAGGUGGGCGGGGCUGACCGCGGGGUCCCCGCAGGCUCCCACACCUUCCAGUGGCUGUCCGGCUGUGAGGUGGGGUCGGACAGGCGCCUGCUUCGCGGGUACAGUCAGUUCGCCUACGAUGGCCGCGAUUACAUAGCCCUGAACGACGACCUGACGUCUUGGACGGCUGCCGACACAGCGGCGAUGAUCACCCAGCGCAAGUGGGAGCAGGCUGGGGAGUCAGAGAGAUACAAGGCCUACGUGGAGGGCGAGUGCCUGCAGUACCUGCGCAGACACCUGGAGAACGGGAAGGACGCGCUGCUGCGCACAGAUCCCCCAAAGGCAUAUGUGACCCAUCAUCCUGGAUCUAAUGGUGAUGUCACCCUGAGGUGCUGGGCCCGGAGCUUCUACCCUGCUGACAUCACCCUGAGCUGGCAGAGGGAGGAGGAGGAACAGACUCGGGACAUGGAGCUGGUGGAGACCAGACCUUCUGGGGAUGGAACCUUCCAGAAGUGGGCAUCUCUAGUGGUGCUUUCUGGGGAGGAGCACAAAUACACAUGCCAUGUGCACCAUGAGGGGCUGCCUGAGCCCCUCACUCUGAGAUGGGAGCCUCCUCAGUCCACAGUCUCCAUCAUGGCAGUCAUUGCUGGUCUGGUUCUCCUUGGAGCUGUGAUCAUUGGAGCUGUGGUGGCUGUUGUGAGGAAGAGGAGGAGAAACACAGGUGGAAAAGGAGGAAACUAUGUUCCAGCUUCAGGCAGGGACAGUUCCCAGAGCUCCGAUGUGUCUCUCCCAGACUGUAAAGCGUGAAGACAGCUGCCUGGUGUGUAUGGAGUGACAGACGAUGUGUUCAGGUCUCUCCUGUGACAUCCAGAGCCCCUCAGUUCACUCUCAGCAAUAGUGUCUGAUGUUCCCUGUGAUCCUAUGGCUCAGUGUGAAGAACUGGGAGCACAGCCCACCCUGCACACCUGACCCUGUCCCUGCACUGCCCUGUUCCCUUCCACAGCCAACCUUCCUGUUCCUGCAGACAGGAGGGGACAUCUCCAUCCUGUCUCCUCCAUGCUGUCCUGAGCUGCAGCCCUGACUUCUCCACUGAAAAUAAGAAUCUGAACGUGAACUUGAUUGUUCAUGUCCUUGAUCUCAAAGGUUGAUUGGCGGUAAAAUAAAGGAUGAAAAUAGAGUUUAUGGAGGAAAUAAAUGGCAGCUUGGAGAACCUC